AUGAACGACCAAGUUUUGAAAAUCGUGUUCCUGUGCGUAUUUUUCAUCGAAACUGUUGUGUUCGGCCUACUUCCUAUAUGGCUUGUGAAGAAGCUUCGCAAAGAUGGUUCGUCAGGAUUCUCAGAGAGAGCUUCUUUCAUUCUUUCUCUUCUCUCCUCAUUUGCCGGAGGUGUUUUUCUCGGGGUUUGCUUUCUUGAUAUGCUUCCAGAUUCCUUAGAAUCUUGGGAAAAGGUACAACAAGACACAAGCUACACAAGUGAUUAUCCAUUUGUCCCUCUGAUUUUCUGCUUAGGAUUCUUCCUAGUUUACAUUUUGGAGGAACUCUCAGGCAAGCUAUGCGGUCACUCACAUGGUCAGAAUGAAGAUUGUGAUGAGGAAAAGGACAUGGAAAGAAUACGAGCAGCAACAUAUUUGUCUUCAAGUAGUCGUCAUAUCCUUUCACUCGGCCAAGAAGUUCCUCAAUCUAAUGAUAACAAUUAUGUGAGUUCUAUCACUUUCGUAUCAGCUUUGCUAGUUCAUGUGACAUUGGAAGGCUUCGCAUUUGGAGUUCAGAGUGAUGUAGUCUCUAUCACGUCCCUGUUUUUUGGAAUUUGUGUUCAUAAAGCAUUAGUCAUAUUUUCCGUAGGAACUAGAAUUUCCGAACAACACCCCAACAAAACCUGGUUUAUUGUUAGUUUGAUCAUGGUUCUAGCUAUCGCUGCUCCUCUAGGUGGGGCUAUCGGAAUAAUCAUAGAAACAUCACAAAUCAGUGAAACUCCUAAAGAUGUCAUCACUUGUGUUCUAAUGAGUCUCUCUCUUGGUACUUUCAUAUAUGUUACAUUCUUUGAGAUUCUAGCGCCAGAACAUGCAAAUAAGCAUAGCAAUCUGGCUCAGUGGCUGUCUACUUUCAUCGGGUUCCUAAUCAUUGCUGGCUUGAUGAGCUUCGGUGGAUAA